CUUGUUGUUGCAUUGUCCUCUAUGAUUAGGAAAACAGUUGUAGUCUCGGCUUUAGUCCGUGGCGUCACACAUAAUUUUAAAGAUUAAAAGCUUAAAUUUCUGAACGCAGCCAUGCACAUUGGCAACACUGCGUCUGCAACACUAAUUUCAUUCGGAUUUUAUGUCACGUAACGGCGUCACGUCUUUUUCCACCUUCUUAACAAUUAAUAUUUAAAUUAAGUGUUUUUUAAAAAACGGAAAUAUGGGAAAAAGAAAAUCGGAUUCAAGAUCUAAACUACUGAAGAAAUUGAAGAAACUUGAAAAGCGCAUAGGACUUCUAAGCUCCGAUUCGAGCGAUGAAGGUAAGAAAAUGGCCGGCCUUUCAUCUUUUGCAAAAACCGGAAAUUUGAUAUUAUCGCACAACAUGGAGGAAGACAUUGAGAAUGUCCCUCCGGAUAAUGAAUUUAUAGAAUUGAGCAAUGCUCAACAAAAUGAUACAGAUAAAUUACCUGAAGCUUUACCACAUGAAGAGAUGCUGGAUACUCAGGUACUAGAUAUAUUAGGUGUGGAAUCACAGCCGGUGAGAGUAGGAGGAGAAUUGCACAAGCAAAUAGCACAGAGGUGGAAUGACAUUCUGAAAAAAGGCUUAUCUAAAGAAGAAAAGGAUAAGAUCGAAGAUGAAAACCCACCAUUUUCUAAUAUGAAAUUAAUGGUGCCUCCUUUGUUAAACCCGGAGGUAAGUGCUGCAAUUAAUGAUGUAUCCAAAAAGCGAGAUCAAAUGAUACAAAGAAAACAAAAACAAACCUCAACAGCCUUGACAUGUCUGGGUUCAUGUCUUCAGAUGUGCAUAAAUGAUAACCAAGGUCAUAAGAUGGAUAUCAUUAAAAAACUAAAUGAUGCUGCGAUUCUACUAUGUGAUUCUAUCAAUUCAGAUACAAAAGGACGUAAGUCCCUCCUAUUACCAGUCAUUAAUAAAGAUAUGAAAGAGUUUCUAUUACAAUCUGAGACAGAAACUCAUUUAUUCGGUGAAGAUCUCGGAGAGAAAAUCAAAACAGCAAGAUUAGUGAAAAGAUCUGGCCAAGAACUAAAGAUGGCUGAAACAAAAAAGUUCACUACAAAGCAAAGUACAUGGGUGCCUCGGACUGGCACUCCAAAAAUAAACAACAACAAUAAAGCUUUAAACUGGCGGGGUCCUCCUCAGGCAGAUGCUAAAAAGAGGGGGGGCCGUCACCCAGAGCACCAGCAGCAGUCAGGACCAGGGAGAGCAAGAGGAGUCAACCUCAACGCAAAUGAACCAACAGGUGAGUAGACUUAACUACCACUUAAAUAAUUGGAAACUUAUAACUCAGGAUCCAAUUAUUCUCAGUUGGGUUGCGGGAUAUUCAACCCCUUUGUGUGAUAAACCACACCAGAGUUUAACUCAAGAUCCAAUUAUUCUCGGUUGGGUUGCAGGAUAUUCAAUCCUUUUGCAUAGUAAACCAUACCAGAGUUGUACUCAAAAUGAUAGGUUUUCUGAACUAGAAUCUUUACAGAUCACCGCAGAAAUUAACCAGUUAAGUACUUGCUAUGAAAGCAAUACAAACUUGCAAACCUGUAAAAAGAUUCAUUGUGUUCACCUAUUUUCCUUGUUAAAAAGAGCAAUGGAACUUUUCGUUUUGUUCUAAGUUUAAAGAAUUUAAAUAAUUUUGUUGAAACUGAGUAUUUCAAAUUGGAAAAUACCGAACAGUGUGCAAGUUUUUACAAAAAGAUGAUUUUCUUGUCACAUUAGAUUUGAAAUAUACUUGUUAUAUGAUAAGUAUCAACAAGGAUAGUGAGAAAUAUUUAAGAUUUAUUUUUCAAGGAAAACACUAUCAGUUAAAUGCUUAUGUUUUAUUCUUGGGCCUUUGUACGGCUCCAUCAACAUUCACAAAAAUCAUGAAACCAAUGAUGGUUUUCUUAAGAGAAAGAGGUUGUAUAUCAGUUAUCUAUUUAGAUGAUUUUUUGUUUUUUAAGUAUAUGAAACAACUAUGUUAUUAUGUUACAUAAACAAAAUUGUUAUAACAACAGUGUAUACAAAACAUACAAGCAACUGUGAAUUUACUAAAAACAUUAGGAUUUAUAGUUAGCCGAGCUAAGAGAAUAGUUAAGUGUGAUGUUACAACUGUAACUUUUAUUGUUACUAUUCAAUACUAUAGAUAUGACUCUUAACAUUACUGAAGAGGAAAGAAAUAUAUUCUUUUAUUGUUUUUUCCAAGCUAAUAAAAGAAUUACUGUAUAAAAUUAUGAUCAAAGUUAGAAUUUAGGCUAAUUAAAGAGUCUAGGGCUCACAUAAAUUCACUGGAAUGAAUAGCUGCCUUUUUUGUUUUAAAAAUGUUUGCUUAUAAAUGAAGAAAUAGUGAUAAUAUUACUGCAGUAACCUAUAUGUAUAAAUAGAUUAGGAGGAAUUUAAUAUAAUUUUUUACAUAGGAUUUCUAAGAAUAUUUGGCAAUGGUGUGAAUUUUAAAAGACUAUUGUUUGAUGCUAAUUACAUAAACACUAAAGAUAAUGUGAUAGCAUUUUUGAGUCUAGAAGGAAGAUAGGAAGAUAGACAUUACAAAAUGGGAACUGAGCAAUAUAAACAAUCCAAAGGUUAUUGAUGAAUUUGGUAAAUCUUCAAUUGAUUUAUUUGCAUCACAUACUAAUGCAAGGUGUUGCACUUAUAUGUCAUGGCAACCAGACCCAGGAGCUGUUGCAGUUGAUGCUUUCACCAUUCCUUGGACUAAAUACAGCUUAUUUUAUUUAUUAUUUCUCCUCCAUUCUCUAUGGUUCUUAAAACCCUAGAAAAUAAAUUACAGACAAAGCAACAGGUAUAAUAGUUGUGCCCCAUUGGGUCACUCAGUGGUUAUUGUUAAUGUUAAUAGAUUAUUGUUAAAGGAAUCUGUUAUAUUUCAACCUUCUAAGUCCUUAUCUUGCAUAAUUCCAGAUUGUUACACCUCUUUUACAAGAAAGUGGUAUUGAUGGUAGAAGCAUUAUCAGGAAAACAUAGAGUUAGGAAUUUGUGAUGAAGCAGUUCUUGUCUUGAUGAAUUCAAUAUCUAAAGAUACUUUGAAUCAUGCAGAUCAUGCAUGCAUGUGCAUUAGUAUCAUGGGCUAAGUAUUUAAAUCCAUAAAUAUAAACAUUACUAAGCCUACUAUUACUGAGUUAUUCAGUACCGUACUUUGUGAUUCAAUGAAAGAGUUACAGUUAGUAACAUAUGGUAGUUUGAAUUCCGUAAGAUUAGCUCUAUCAUUAGUUAUAGGACCACAUUUGGAUACCGAUCAUUAGAUCAAAAGAUUGUUCAAGGGAUUUUUUAAAUUAAGACCCCCAAACCCAAAUAUAAUAAUACUUGGGAUAUGUCUUUGUA